UCACAGAGUAGCCAACUUCCUCGUACUCCCUUUCAUAUACUGAAAUCAGCAUUCAAUGUGCUCAAACUGACAAAGUGAAGCAGUGUGAGCUCGUUUUUGAAUUGGUCAAACUUGAUGAGGCUCUGAGUGAAAUGGAAACGGCUGUGAUUCACUUCAUCGUUCUGGGAGUCGUCUCACGUUUAACCACAGGAGCUGGUGUGUUGCCAGAUGGUCCUCUGAAUGCAGCUGUGGGACAGACGGUGACGUUCACCCCAACACUGACUCCACCAGGAAAACCACUUGUAACAGUCAUAUGGAACUUUGAUCAGAAUAAGAAUAUAAUCACGUUUAAUGGUGUAACCCUCAUUGCACCAGAGUAUGAAGGCAGGAUCACCUUCUCCCCUUCUGCUGGAUCUCUGGAGCUCUGGAAUGUGAAUUUAAAUGACACUGGAGAAUACAGCGUUUUCAUUAUACGACAGGGAGAACAAGCAAAGAAUGGAGCCACCACACUGAGAGUUUAUGAGCCAGUCUCCAAUGUAAUGUUAGCUGCCAGCAGCACAGACCUGGUGGAGUUCAACAGCUCCGUCACACUGACCUGCUCCUCCUCUGGAUCCUCCCUCUCUUUCCUCUGGCUGAACAGCAGCUCUGAGGUGACAGAAAGUGACGGAGUUCAGCUCACUGAUGGAGGCUCCACCCUCACUAUAGUCAAUGUGACCCGCUAUGACCAGGGACCAUUCAGGUGUCUCGUGUCCAAUCCUGUCAGCAAUGGCAGCAGCAAUGAAGUAAACCUCUCCAUCAGCUAUGGCCCAGAAAAUAUUAUUUUAACAUCUCCACAUGAACACUAUGCAGUAGGAUCAAACAUCACCCUGUCCUGCUCAGCUGACUCCAGACCUGCUGCCAUGUUUUACUGGUUUCUGAAUGGAGACCAGCUGACUGAUACUGGAGCAGAGCUCAGACUGACAAACAUUCAGAUGAGUCGGAGUGGAAACUACAGCUGUCAGGGCUUUAACCAGAAAACUCUGAGAUAUGAAACGUCUCUGCUGUCAGUUGUCUCUGUACUGGAGAGAAUAUCAGGUGUUUCUUUGACAUCGACAACAAACCUGCCGAUUGAGGGGAAGUCUGUCAACUUAACCUGUGAGGCUGCUGGCACUGUAUUUAACAGAAGGUGGAAGAAGGAUGGCUCAGAUCUGAUCCUGGCAGACAACAUGAUGCUUUAUGACGAGAACAGAGGGCUGUUUAUUGACCCUCUACAGAGAACAGACAGUGGAACAUAUUCCUGUAACGUCAGUAACCCAGUCAGUGCUGAGGAAGCUACAUUCACCAUGCAUGUUAACUAUGGACCAGACAAUGUUCAAAUCACAGGUCCAAGUGAGGUACAUGUUGGACAGGCCAUAAAUUUAACCUGCUCUGCUGAGUCCAACCCAUCUGCUAAUUACACCUGGAUGCUGAAUGGGAUGGAGAUACACAACUCUGCUGUGUUCACUAAAAACACAACAGAGUUUUCUGACAGCGGCAAAUACACCUGUGAAGUCACAAAUAAAAUAACUGGGAGAACGUCAUCGGUGGUGCACAUAUUAUCUGUAACAGAGCCAGUCUCCAAUGUAAUGUUAGCUGCCAGCAGCACAGACCUGGUGGAGUUCAACAGCUCCGUCACACUGACCUGCUCCUCCUCUGGAUCCUCCCUCUCUUUCCUCUGGCUGAACAGCAGCUCUGAGGUGACAGAAAGUGACAGAGUUCAGCUCACUGAUGGAGGCUCCACCCUCACUAUAGUCAAUGUGACCCGCUAUGACCAGGGACCAUUCAGGUGUCUCGUGUCCAAUCCUGUCAGUGAUGACAGCAGCAGCAAUGAAGUAAACCUCUCCAUCAGCUAUGGCCCAGAAAAUAUUAUUUUGACAUCUCCACCACAUGAAUACUAUGCAGUAGGAUCAAACUUCAUCCUGUCCUGCUCAGCUGACUCCAGACCUGCUGCCAUGUUUUACUGGUUUCUGAAUGGAGACCAGCUGACUGAUACUGGAGCAGAGCUCAGGCUGACAAACAUUCAGAUGAGUCAGAGUGGAAACUACAGCUGUCAGGCCUUUAACCAGAAAACUGGCAGAUAUGAAAUGUCUCAGUCAUCACCUGUGACUGUACUGGAGUCAGUCUCCAAUGUAAUGUUAGCUGCCAGCAGCACAGACCUGGUGGAGUUCAACAGCUCCGUCACACUGACCUGCUCCUCCUCUGGAUCCUCCCUCUCUUUCCUCUGGCUGAACAGCAGCUCUGAGGUGACAGAAAGUGACGGAGUUCAGCUCACUGAUGGAGGCUCCAACCUCACUAUAGUCAGUGUGACCCGCUAUGACCAGGGACCAUUCAGGUGUCUCGUGUCCAAUCCUGUCAGUAAUGACAGCAGCAGCAAUGAAGUAAACCUCUCCAUCAGCUAUGGCCCAGAAAAUAUUAUUUUAACAUCUCCACCACUUGAACACUAUGCAGUCGGAUCAAACAUCAUCCUGUCCUGCUCAGCUGACUCCAGACCAGCUGCCAUGUUUUACUGGUUUCUGAAUGGAGACCAGCUGACCGAUGCUGGAGCAGAGCUCAGACUGACAAACAUUCAGAUGAGUCAGAGUGGAAACUACAGCUGUCAGGCCUUUAACCAGAAAACUCUGAGAUAUGAAACGUCUCUGCUGUCAGUUGUCUCUGUACUGGAGAGAAUAUCAGGUGUUUCUUUGACAUCGACAACAAACCUGCCGAUUGAGAAGAAGUCUGUCAACUUAACCUGUGAGGCUGCUGGCACUGUAUUUAACAGAAGGUGGAAGAAGGAUGGCUCAGAUCUGAUCCUGGCAGACAACAUGAUGCUUUAUGACGAGAACAGAGGGCUGUUUAUUGACCCUCUACAGAGAACAGACAGUGGAACAUAUUCCUGUAACGUCAGUAACCCAGUCAGCGCUGAGGAAGCUACAUUCACCAUGGAUGUUAACUAUGGACCAGACAAUGUUCAAAUCACAGGUCCAAGUGAGGUACAUGUUGGACAGGCCAUAAAUUUAACCUGCUCUGCUGAGUCCAACCCAUCUGCUAGUUACACCUGGAUGCUGAAUGGGACGGAGAUACACAACUCUGCUGUGUUCACUAAAAACACAACAGAGUUUUCUGACAGCGGCGAAUACACCUGUCAAGUCACAAAUAAAAUAACUGAGAGAACGUCAUCGGUGCUGCACAUAUUAUCUGUAACAGGUUUAACCACAGGAGCUGGUGUGUUGUCAGAUGUUCCUCUGAAUGCAGCUGUUGGAGAGAAUGUGACGUUCACCCCAACACUGACUCCAUCGGAAAACCCACUUCUAACAGUCACGUGGAACUUUGAUCAGAAUAAGAAAAUAAUCACUUAUAGUGGUGUAACCAUCCCGGAACCAGAGUAUGAAGGCAGGGUCACCUUCUUCCCUUCUUCUGGAUCUCUGGAGCUCAGGAAUGUGAAUUUAAAUGACACUGGAGGAUACAGCGUUUCCAUUGUACAACAGGGAGAAAUAGCAAAGAAUGGAGCCACCACACUGAGAGUUUAUGAGCCAGUCUCCAAUGUAAUGUUAGCUGCCAGCAGCACAGACCUGGUGGAGUUCAACAGCUCCGUCACACUGACCUGCUCCUCCUCUGGAUCCUCCCUCUCUUUCCUCUGGAUGAACAGCAGCUCUGAGGUGACAGAAAGUGACAGAGUUCAGCUCACUGAUGGAGGCUCCACCCUCACUAUAGUCAAUGUGACCCGCUAUGACCAGGGACCAUUCAGGUGUCGCGUGUCCAAUCCUGUCAGUGAUGGCAGCAGCAAUGAAGUAAACCUCUCCAUCAGCUAUGGCCCAGAAAAUAUUACUUUGACAUCUCCACCACAUGAACACUAUGCAGUAGGAUCAAACAUCAUCCUGUCCUGUUCAGCUGACUCCAGACCUGCUGCCAUGUUUUACUGGUUUCUGAAUGGAGACCAGCUGACUGAUACUGGAGCAGAGCUCAGACUGACAAACAUUCAGAUGAGUCAGAGUGGAAACUACAGCUGUCAGGGCUUUAACCAGAAAACUCUGAGAUAUGAAACGUCUCUGCUGUCAGUUGUCUCUGUAAUGGAGAGAAUAUCAGGUGUUUCUUUAACAUCGACAACAAACCUGCCGAUUGAGGGGAAGUCUGUCAACUUAACCUGUGAGGCUGCUGGCACUGUAUUUAACAGAAGGUGGAAGAAGGAUGGCUCAGAUCUGAUCCUGACAGACAACAUGAUGCUUUAUGACGAGAACAGAGGGCUGUUUAUUGACCCUCUACAGAGAACAGACAGUGGAACAUAUUCCUGUAAUGUCAGUAACCCAAUCAGUGCUGAGGAAGCUACAUUCACCAUGGAUGUUAACUAUGGACCAGACAAUGUUCAAAUCACAGGUCCAAGUGAGGUACAUGUUGGACAGGCCAUAAAUUUAACCUGCUCUGCUGAGUCCAACCCAUCUGCUAGUUACACCUGGAUACUGAAUGGGACGGAGAUACACAACUCUGCUGUGUUCACUAAAAACACACCUGAGCCUUCUGACAGCGGCGCAUACACCUGUCAAGUCACAAAUAAAAUAACUGAGAGAACGUCAUCGGCGGUGCACGUAUUAUCUGUAACAGAGCCAGUCUCCAAUGUAACGUUAGCUGCCAGCAGCACAGACCUGGUGGAGUUCAGCAGCUCCGUCACACUGACCUGCUCCUCCUCUGGAUCCUCCCUCUCUUUCCUCUGGCUGAACAGCAGCUCUGAGGUGACAGAAAGUGACAGAGUUCAGCUCACUGAUGGAGGCUCCACCCUCACUAUAGUCAAUGUGACCCGCUAUGACCAGGGACCAUUCAGGUGUCUCGUGUCCAAUCCUGUCAGUGAUGGCAGCAGCAAUGAAGUAAACCUCUCCAUCAGCUAUGGCCCCGAAAAUAUUAUUUUGGCAUCUCCACCACAUGAACACUAUGCAGUAGGAUCAAACAUCACCCUGUCCUGCUCAGCUGACUCCAGACCAGCUGCCAUGUUUUACUGGUUUCUGAAUGGAGACCAGCUGAUUGAUACUGGAGCAGAGCUCAGACUGACAAACAUUCAGAUGAGUCAGAGUGGAAACUACAGCUGUCAGGGCUUUAACCAGAAAACUCUGAGAUAUGAAACGUCUCAGUCAUCACCUGUGACUGUACUGGAGCCAGUCUCCAAUGUAAUGUUAGCUGCCAGCAGCACAGACCUGGUGGAGUUCAACAGCUCUGUCACACUGACCUGCUCCUCCUCUGGAUCCUCCCUCUCUUUCCUCUGGCUGAACAGCAGCUCUGAGGUGACAGAAAGUGACGGAGUUCAGCUCACUGAUGGAGGCUCCAACCUCACUAUAGUCAAUGUGACCCGCUAUGACCAGGGACCAUUCAGGUGUCUCGUGUCCAAUCCUGUCAGUAAUGACAGCAGCAAUGAAGUAAACCUCUCCAUCAGCUAUGGCCCCGAUAAUGUUAUUUUAACAUCUCCACAUGAACACUAUGCAGUAGGAUCAAACAUCACCCUGUCCUGCUCAGCUGACUCCAGACCUGCUGCCAUGUUUUACUGGUUUCUGAAUGGAGGCCAGCUGACUGAUACUGGAGCAGAGCUCAGACUGACAAACAUUCAGAUGAGUCAGAGUGGAGACUACAGCUGUCAGGCCUUUAACAAUAAAACUCUGAGAUAUGAAACAUCUCUGCUGUCAGUUGUUUCUGUACUGAGGAGAAUAUCAGGUGUUUCUUUGACAUCGACAACAAACCUGCUGAUUGAGGGGAAGUCUGUCAACUUAACCUGUGAGGCUGCUGGCACUGUAUUUAACAGAAGGUGGAAGAAGGAUGGCUCAGAUCUGAUCCUGACAGACAACAUGAUGCUUUAUGACGAGAACAGAGGGCUGUUUAUUGACCCUCUACAGAGAACAGACAGUGGAACAUAUUCCUGUAAAGUCAGUAACCCAGUCAGUGCUGAAGAAGCUGCAUUCACCAUGGAUGUUAACUAUGGACCAGACAAUGUUCAAAUCACAGGUCCAAGUGAGGUACAUGUUGGACAGGCCAUAAAUUUAACCUGCUCUGCUGAGUCCAACCCAUCUGCUAAUUACACCUGGAUGCUGAAUGGGACGGAGAUACACAACUCUGCUGUGUUCACUAAAAACACAACAGAGUUUUCUGACAGCGGCGAAUACACCUGUGAAGUCACAAAUAAAAUAACUGAGAGAACGUCAUCGGCGGUGCACAUAUUAUCUGUAACAGUCACAACAUCAGGCUGUUCAGGUGGUUGCAUUGCUGGCAUAGUAAUUGGAUGUUUACUCGUUUUUGGAGCAGCUGGUGGUGGAGGAUACUACGUUUAUAAGAAAAAAAUCAACAAAAAACAACCUCCACAAUCCAACAAAGCAGAGGAGAACGUGUAUGAGGAGAUUUCACCUGUACGUGAGAACGUUUAAACUCAGUCUGUCCAGUUACGCCUUUAGGUUGUGGACGUCCAGUGAAACUCAACAGAAGCAGAAUUAUGAAUGUUUCUCAAAGUGUUAGUUGACUUUUUGACCCCUUGGAGGCAGAAAGAUGACAGAUGUAGCAGCCGUAACGUAUUACUUAUUACUUGUUCACAUUUAUGGCUAAUGCAUAAGCAAACAAGUUCCUUAUUGCUCAUCUGGUACAGAGCAACAGUUGCAUUUAUGCUCACCUGUGCACUGAUCCACAGCUGUGCUGGGGAGGAGAAAGGGGGGCUUCAGACUUCACUUUAUUGAUCCCUUUGGGAUGACUCACUCAUGGAAAUUGAAUUUCCAGCAGCUUAUAAAGUAAGGCACACAUGGCAGUUUGCAAACAGCCACAAACCACAGGUAUAAUAAUAAGAUAAAAAAAAGAUAAAAAAAAAAAUUCUUAGCUAAAUAUGGAAAACAGAGAUAAAUAAAAUGUAAAAUAAAAUAAAUAUAGAGAACUGUACAUGGAAAUAUAAACAACUGUAUAUGGCUAAUAAAUUGUUGCACAGCAUGUGGCUUCCAUUCCUUCCCUUCUGUCCUCUGUACCCUAUUUCCUCCUCCUCCCCCUAAGUGGGGAGUUGUAAAGCCUGAUGGCAUUGUGGACAAAGGAGUUCUUCAGUCUGUUGGUCCUACACUUGGGAAGGAGCCGUCUUUCACCGAACAGGCUCCUCUGGUUGCUAAUGGCGCUGUGCAGAGGGUGGCUGGCAUUGUCCAUAAUAUCCCGCAGUUUGUCCAGUGUCCCCCUCUCUGUCACCGUCCACAGAGAGUCCAGCUUCAUGCCGACCACAGACCCGGCCCCAGCCUGAUCAGUUUAUCCAGUCUGGAUGUGUCCUUCUUAGAUGUGCUGCCUCCUCAGCAAAAGAGGACACUGGCAACCACAGACUGGUAAAACAUCCACAGCAGUUACCCUGUUGCUGCAGGGUUGGAGGCAUAGCGUUGUCCAAACUGUGUUGGUAUGCUGAAGCAUAAAAAGGUGUGACUGAAUACUUUUGUCAGUAUAGUGUAUUGUUAACAUAAGCACUCUAACAGUGAUGGAUAAGUUUGCAUUCAUUUUUCAUUUAAGAUAUUUGAAGCCACUAAGUGACUCUUAUUGUUUUAUACAUUUUUGUGUACUUUGUGUAAUAAUUCAGUGUAUCUAUAAGGCUUGCUUUUAAUUUUCUCUUCUCCCACUGUGUCCAGCCUCAGCAUUGUAAAUGCAAAAUAUUUGGUUGUUUAGUAAUAAAGCUGUAUAUGCAGG